AUGGGGAUGGGUGUGACAUGUGCAGCCCUAAUUGAUAGAAUUAAGAAGUUCAUUGAAGAGAAUGAAAAGCUGCGGAAACAGGUGGAGGAGCUUCAAAGAAGUUCAUCAUUGUCAAAAUCAACAUUUCUGGAGUUUAAUCCAUUUGAAAGGAGAUUCUUUAUUGUAAGAACUGCCAAAACUGCUAGCUAUGACGGAGGAGAGAAGGAAGAAGAAAGUGAUAAUGAGAUUUCAAUGACUUCACUGCAACUGAGGCUGUCUUGUGAUGGUAUUAAGAAGAAGAAAGCAAGUAAGAGUGAAUCCUUGUGCAACGAUUCAGGAAGUCAAGUGGGCUUAGAGUGA